UGCAUCCCACGUGCUUGGAUCUGCAACAAUGAGACAGACUGUGAUGAUGGUAGCGACGAGUUCAACUGCACCGUGACUCUGCCAGAAAUUACAAAUUCUACAUGCAAAGGGUUCAAAUGCCUCGACGGGCAGUGCAUCUCAUACUUGUGGCUGUGCGACGGCGUUUACGACUGCAACGACCGGAGCGAUGAGAACGCAGAGGAAUUAUGUCGUCACUUGAGGUACCCGCACGCGAUCCGCGACGGUUCGUACUGCCACGAGCUGCCCGCCGUCGGCGAGAGGAACUACAAGUGUCUGGACUCCUCGUACUGCCUGCCCAGCUUCCUCAUGUGUGACGGCACUAAGGACUGCCGAGACGGCAGUGAUGAAGGACCCUUUUGUGAGAACUGGACCACCAUGUGCUCAAACUACAUCUGCGCCGGCAACGACACAGAAUGCUCUCCAGACCGCUACGGGCCCACCUGCCUGUGCGUGCCCUCGCUCUCCAUGAGACAGUACAACUACGUCACGAAGCAAUGUGAUGACGUCAACGAGUGUCUCCUUGAACGGCCGCACUGCUCGCACACGUGCGUCAACGCUGAUGGUCAUUACACCUGCGAAUGUGAUCCCGGGUAUACCAAGGACGAGUUCGGUUACCUGUGUUAUGCUAAUGGGCCCGAAGCAAUGUUGUUCUUCAGCACCCGAAACGACAUCAGAUAUUUGAAGAUCAAGUCUAAGCAGAUGGUUACUGUGGCCACUAAUAUUAAACAGGCCCACGGUGUAUCAUUCGACGGCACUUACAUCUACUGGGGGAGACC